GUUUUUUAUUUGUUUAUCUGUGUUAGAUGGGGAAAAAGCGGUGGACCAAGUUGGAAUUGAUCCUUGUGGUCCUGUUUCUACUGAUGACUGCGAUAGCCGUCGCUAUGAUUGUUGUGUUUGCCACAGAAGGUCCUGAUGCCAUUGAAGAUCAUGCGUUUGUUCCUCAGUGUCCCAACAUUCCUCUGGCAGAGAGGGUGGACUGUUUCCCAGAGGCUGGAGCUUCAAAGCUGAAAUGUGAGCAGCGUGGCUGUUGUUGGAGCCCUCUGGAUGAAAGAAGCGUUCCCUGGUGUUUCUUCCCAACCAACCAUGGAUACAGUGUGGAGUCGUUGGAGCAUCCAAGCCGUCACGUGAUUAACGCCCACCUGAAGAGAAUGGUGUCUCCUUCUUUAUUUGGUGCAGACAUAGAGAGGCUGAGGUUUCAUGCAGAAAUGCAGACAAACAAUCGACUUCGAUUUAAGAUCUUUGAUUCUCAGAGUCAGAGGUUUGAGGUUCCUCAUGAGCACAUCCCAACCGUCAGCAGUGACCCAUCCAGCCCCAUCACCGACUCACUGGAGAUCACACAAAAAAACUUCGGCCUCAGAGUGAGAAGAAGGGAGAACAAAAAAGUCCUGUUCGACACCACCAUGGCUCCACUAGUGUUUGCAGACCAGUACCUACAGCUUUCUGCUAAGCUUCCAUCCCAUAAUAUCUAUGGCCUUGGGGAGCAUGUCCACACGAGGUAUCGCCACGACACAAACUGGAGAACAUGGCCCAUUUUUACCAGAGAUGCACAACCUAAUGGGGGAAGACACAACCUCUAUGGACACCAUCCCUUCUUCCUCUGUCUGGAAGACGAGAGUGGGAAGUCAUUUGGGGUGUUUCUCUUGAACAGCAAUGCUAUGGAGGUGACUCUGCAGCCUGCUCCAGCUGUGACCUACAGGACUGUAGGAGGAAUCUUUGAUUUCUACAUUUUCUUCGGAGACACACCGGARCAAGUGGUGCAGGAGUAUCUUGAGCUCAUCGGCAGGCCUGUCGUUCCUCCCUACUGGUCKCUGGGAUUCCAGCUUUCUCGGUGGAACUACGGGACUCUGAGCAAUGUCAAGAAUGUGGUGGAGAGAAACCGCGCUGUGGGUCUUCCAUAUGAUAUUCAAUACACUGACAUCGACUAUAUGGAGCACAUGAAAGAUUUCACCUACGACAGAAACAGGUUCAAAGAGCUGCCAGAGUUUGCUGAAUACCUCCAUGAGAAAGGACAGAGGUACAUCCUUAUCCUGGAUCCUGCGAUAGCCACCAGUAAGAGGGAGGGGAAUGCACCGUAUGAGUCCUACGACCGUGGGACUGAACAGAACGUUUGGGUCACAGAGUCUGAUGAGAAAACUCCUAUAAUUGGACGGGUUUGGCCCGGGGAGACUGUGUUUCCAGACUACACCAGCCAAAACUGCAUCAACUGGUGGGUUGAUGAAUACGAACGAUUCUACAGGGAGAUCAAACACGACGCUCUCUGGAUUGACAUGAAUGAAGUGGCGAGUUUCAUCAAAGGAUCAAAUAAGGGUUGUGCUAAAAACAACCUCAAUUACCCACCUUACACUCCAAAGAUUCUGAAUGAGUUGAUAUACAGUAUGACCCUCUGUAUGGAUGCCAAGCAGGCCUGGGGAAACCAUUACAAUGUUCACAGCCUGUACGGUUAUUCUAUGGUGCUGGCUACUGAGAAAGCCCUGCAGAGUGUGUUCAGGUCCAAUCGGACCCUGAUGAUUACACGUUCCUCCUUCCCAGGUGUGGGAAAGUACGCAGGACAUUGGUUAGGAGACAAUGCUGCCACCUGGAAUGACAUGAAAUGGGCCAUACAUGGCAUGCUGGAGUUUGGGCUUUUUGGAAUUCCUUAUGUAGGAGCUGACAUCUGUGGAUUCUUCCAAAACUCAAAUGAAGAGUUGUGUCGYCGCUGGAUGCAGGUGGGCGCCUUCUAUCCCUACAGCAGAAACCACAAUGCUCUGGGCUUUGAGCCUCAGGAUCCAGCUGCGUACGGCGCUGACUCACUGCUGGUGAAGAGCUCCAAACAUUACCUUACAAUACGUUACACCCUCCUGCCUUACCUCUACACACUCUUCUACAAAGCUCACACUGCAGGAGAGACUGUUGUACGUCCUGUUUUACAUGAGUUUUACUCAGACAACGCUACCUGGGAUGUAGACCAACAGUUUCUCUGGGGGAAACACCUGCUCAUCACACCAGUGCUGGAGCCGGGWGUGAACAAUACCCGAGCAUACAUACCAGAUGCUGUGUGGUAUGACUAUGAGACGAUGGAGCGACUGUCAGAUCGCAGAGUUUUUGUUGACAUGAAUUUACCUGGUGAUAAACUGGGAUUACACAUCAGAGGGGGCGCCAUCCUCCCCACACAGAGACCUGAGGUCACCACCACACACAGUCGGCGUAACCCCAUGGGAUUGCUCAUCACACUCGAUGACAACAACCAGGCAGCUGGGGAGCUUUUCUGGGAUGAUGGUGAUUCCCGAGACACAGUCAAAAAUGGCAACCACAUCCACUACAAGUUCUCUGUUGACAAUGGAGUCCUGAACAUGCAGGUGACCAGAGCUGGCUACAGAGAUCCAAACAACCUCAAGUUUGAGAACAUUACUGUCCUCGGCAUGCCUCACCCUCCCACGUCCGUUUCUGUCACUCAUGUUGAUGCAGGAAGUCACUCCAAAACAACCACUGUCCUGCCAAACAUCAACGUACACCACGAUGGAGCCAAGGAGGUGCUUUUCCUGCAUGGCCUGUCCCUGAUGCUGGGGGAGACCUAUCUGGUUCAGUGGGAUGUGAAGGCUGAAGAUUAUCACCGGUUUGACUGCCAUCCAGAAGAGAAUGCGGAUGAAGCCAAAUGCCAAGCCCGUGGCUGCAUCUGGAAGCCGAGCAGCAUUGACCUUGUUCCGUGGUGCUUUUAUCCAAAUGACUACGGUUACGCCGUUACAACAAUCGAAGAAACAAAUUCUAGCAUCACAGCUGAUAUCAGUCGGAACAUGAAGUACAGAUCRAGUGGUCGUCCAAACUCUCCAGACAUUAACAAUCUCCGUGUCCAGAUUCUGUACCAUACCAGUCACAUGCUCCAGUUCAAGAUCUGGGACCCGAGUCCGACUUCUGAUCGCUUUGAGGUACCGGUGCCGCUGUCUGUCCCUGACGCUCCUGAGACUGAUGAGGACAAAAGACUGUACAAAGUCUUAGUCAGCAACAAACCGUUUGGCAUCCAGGUCAUUAGGAAAAGCACAGGAACAAAGAUCUGGGACUCCUCGGUUCCAGGUUUUACCUUUUCAGACCUGUUCAUCCAAGUGUCAACUCGGCUGUCAUCCGAGUUUGUCUAUGGCUUUGGAGAAACGGAGCAUCCCACCUAUAAGCAUGAGCUGAACUAUCACACCUGGGGUAUGUUCGCCAAGGACCAGCCUCCUGGUUACAAAAUGAACUGCUAUGGAGUUCAUCCUUUCUACAUGGGCCUUGAGAGCACAGCUGAUGCUCAUGGGGUGUUGUUGCUGAACAGUAAUGCUAUGGAUGUGACAUUCCAACCAGCUCCAUCUUUAACCUACCGCACCACCGGAGGCAUAUUGGAUUUUUACAUGGUGCUCGGGCCGACACCUGAAUUGGUUGUGGAGGAGUACACCGCUCUGAUUGGACGACCUGUCCUACCUGCCUACUGGUCUCUUGGGUUUCAACUGUGCCGCUAUGGAUAUGCUAAUGACUCUGAAAUAGAAAGUCUUUACAAAGACAUGAAGGCAGCUGGCAUACCCUAUGAUGUUCAGUAUGCAGACAUCGACUACAUGGAGCGUCAGCUUGACUUUGUCCUGGACUCAGAGUUUAAAGGACUCCCUGCCCUGGUCGACUCAAUGAGAGGAGAAGGAAUGAGGUUCAUCUUCAUUCUGGAUCCAGCCAUUUCAGGGAACGAGACAAGUUAUCCUGCUUUUAGAAGAGGACAAGAAGCUGAUGUCUUCAUCAAAUGGCCAAAACAUCUCAGUGAUGACAUAGUUUGGGGAAAGGUCUGGCCUGAUUUCCCACACGUCACUGUAAAUGAAAGUCUUGACUGGGAUACACAAGUAGAGCUCUACAGGGCAUACACUGCCUUCCCAGACUUCUUCCGCAGUCAAACAGCAGCAUGGUGGCAUCAAGAAAUCGAGGACUUCUACUUGAAUACGUUAAAGUUCGAUGGCCUUUGGAUUGACAUGAAUGAACCGGCCAGUUUUGUUCAUGGCACAGUUGGAGGGAAGUGUCUUGGUGAUCCCCUUCUAGAAAACCCACCAUAUAUGCCACCUCUGGAGUCCAAACAGCUCGGCCUAAACCACAAGACCCUUUGCAUGAACAGUGAACACAUACUUAACAACGGAAAGAAGGUCAGGCACUACGACGUCCACAACCUCUACGGAUGGUCCCACACCAAACCUACCUAUGAUGCCCUGCUGAGCGUGACGGGUAAGCGAGGAAUAGUGGUAACCAGGUCAACUUACCCCUCCAGUGGGAAAUGGGCUGGUCAUUGGCUGGGGGACAAUUUUUCCCGCUGGGACCAGCUGACUAAAUCCAUCAUAGGAAUGAUGGAGUUCAGCCUGUUUGGCUUCUCUUAUACCGGGGCAGAUAUAUGUGGGUUCUUUAACAAAGCAGAGUAUGAGAUGUGUCUCCGCUGGAUGCAGCUUGGUGCUUUCUAUCCAUACUCACGCAACCACAACAGCAAGGGGAACCCGAGACAAGAUCCUGUAGCCUGGGAUGAYGAUUUUGCUGCAGCAUCUCGAGACGUCCUUAACAUCCGUUACACCCUCCUGCCUUACCUGUACACGCUGAUGUUUGAGGCGCACACCAAAGGAAGCACCGUUAUCAGACCACUGCUGCAUGAGUUUGUGAAUGAUAAAACUACCUGGGACAUUUACAAACAGUUUCUCUGGGGACCUGCCCUUCUUAUCACUCCUGUCCUGGACGAGAGGGUCAGAGAGGUGGAAGGCUAUCUUCCUAAUGCUCGCUGGUAUGACUACCACACAGCAAAGGAUGUCGGGCUGCGUGGGGAAAAGAUUCGGAUGCCGGCACCACUGAACCAUAUUAAUCUUCAUAUCAGAGGAGGAUAUAUUUUACCCUGGCAGAAACCAGAGAAUAACACAUUUUACAGUCGAAAGAAUCCUUUAGGACUCCUUGUUGCCCUGAGCGACUCUGGCACAGCUCAAGGAUCAUUUUUCUGGGACGAUGGAGAAGGAGUGGACACGGUGGAAAGAAACCAGUAUUUUUUGACCUCCUUUACUGCAGAAUCAAGCACACUGAGGAGUCAGAUUGUCCACAACGCUCUGGAUGCUGCUGAUCGCCUGGUUCUGGGUGUGCUGAAGGUUUGGGGAGCAGGAAGUGUCAGGAUAACAGAAGCGACUCUAACGGACUCAGAGGGAAAAACUCAUCAACUCACUCCAGAUCAUAACCUGGAAACUCAGGAGCUGAUAAUAGAUGCUACACCAAACUCUUAUCCUCUGCAUCUUCCUUUUACUAUAAACUGGAGGACCAGCACCUGAAAGCUAUACUUGUGUUUUUCUCAUAAAUAUUAUUUAUGUUUCCUCUGGUUCAACAUGAGCACCAUUGGUUUUGAUCCUGUUAUUAUAUGCUUUAAUGUCUAACUUUAAACAAUAAAAAAUGGUGUAAAACAUAAUAACGUGUGAUAAUGUGCAACUGCCACUCUCUUGAUAUUCUAAAAUUGAAAUUAAAUGUGUUUUUUAACAGUUUUA